AUGGCCCAGGCGGCUGUCGAGGACCUCGACGGUGGAGACGAGGACCUCUGGGAGGCGCCGGAGGCCGUCGUGCCCGCGCCCGUGGAGGACGGACCCGUGCCGAUCGUCCCACUGGCGGUGGCCCAGGGCAGAUGCUACUGCAGCACGGGCUACACUGCGGGCGGCCUCGAGCAGUGCCGGUUCGCGUGGCGGGCGCUGCGUGUCUCCAGCGCAGAGCCGCCGUUGCGCUUCGUGAAGGCCGAGUUCCUCUUCAGCGACGACGGCUACUGGGACUGGUGGGCCAGCCACCCUGGCCAGCCGAGCGCGAUGACGGUGCGCCCGCUCAUCCACGUGUGCUCGGAGAACCCGUGCUCAGUCUUGGAGGGGCCGGGGACGUGCACCGAGCUGAUCCACGUGUCGGACGGGGCGGAGCUCGGCCUCGGGGACCUGCGGGCGCUGUUCGUCGAGUGCCAGGAGACGAACCCCGAGGCGGCUUGGCCAGCAGCAAGCCUCGGGCCGCUGGUCGCCGCCGCCGCCCCCGCGAGGCCCGCUGCGGUGGCCAAAGCGGCGGGGCGCCCACCAGCCGCAGCAGGUCCUCCCAGGGCCCCGCCUGGCGCUGCCCCUUUCGACGACUUCCUGAGCGUGAGAGGCUCGUCGCGCGGGCCUGGCUCAGAGCUGGCCGCAGGCGAGGAGGCGGCUGCCGCGGGCGGCCUGGGAGGCAAGCUCGAGGGUGCUCGUGUGCGCUUCGAGGAGGGGAAGCGGGCUGCUGGCGAUGUCAACCUGGACGGCUUCCCCCUCGGCGCAGAGGCGGCUGGCGAGGGGCCUGUGAAGAAGCGGUCGCUCGGAGACCUGCUGGUCGAGCGCGCCGCGAAGCUCAAGAGGGCCGCCUCGGACGCGGCCCCCCGAGGGUCAGGAGACCCCGUGCCCGAUCGGGCGCUGCCAGGAGCUGGUCCGAGUGGCGGCAUGGCGGAGCUGGCGCAGGCGCUCGUGAUGGCCAUCCGCGAGGGCAAGGAGGGUCCCCCUGGCGACGGCGGCGGGGGCGGCCUCGGCUCCUCGGACCCCGCGGCGGUGCCGCGCGACCUGGCCACGAAGAGGGCCUUCUGUCGUCGGAUGGCCGCCGCCUCCCCAGGCCGCCUCACGGAGCUGAGCCUGCAGCAGAUGGCGGACUUCCUGGGCUCGCAGGAGGGGGAGGCAGCCGUCGACGCGACGGGCCCGAUCGCGCUGCGGUACCUCCUCACGAUCUACCUGCCGCAGCAUCCGGUGAAGGAGAUCGGCGUGCAGACGUACCGCGAGCUCCGCACCCUCGCGGAGGCGGUGGACCUGCUGAUGCAGGGGAAGGCGGCCCACGCCUGCGACCUGAUCGUCCAGCGCCUGAAGGCGCUGCAGGUGGCAACGACGGAUGGCUCGUGGGCGGCGGCGAAGUGGUUGGAGCUGAUCCCGCCGCGCGACGAGCCCACGGCCAUCCGCAGCGAGGAGGAGGAGCUCAUCCGCAGCAUCCAGCUCGGGGAGAUGAAGCUGGACGAGCUCCCCGCACGGCUGGCCUCCGCCAAGACGCCGGGGGGGGUGGCCGAUGCCUCCAUCAAGGGCGCGAGCCCUGCGAAGGGCGCUGGUGGGGGAGUCCGCGGCGUGGGCCAAACUCGGUUUACCGAGGGCGGAGAUCGCGCCGCCCUAGGCGGGGGGGGUGAGGGCGUCGCGGAGCCCCCGCUGGCCACCGCGCUGCAGUGCUGGUCCGACGAGCUCUCCUUCGGCUUCGGCAAGAGCAUCGUCGCGGUCGACCUGGCGGCGCGGCUGGUGGCAGCAGUGCGACGCCACCCGGGCAGCCUUGGCCACUUCGCUCGGUCGUUCAGCAUGCGUGCGGACACAUUUUGUGGGAGCGGAGGGUCCUCGAACAGGAGGGUUCGGGACGCCCUGCCGCUUCCCCUUCCGUCGACCGAGGAGGUGGACCGCUGGCUGGCCCACAGUGCCUUGCCCAAGGCACGCAGGUGCCGCCGCCGCGCCGUGGCGCGGGAGGUCAGCGAGCAGGCGUGGCUGUACCUCAGCGCGGUGGCGCUCAACUACGCGUUCUGCGGCCGCGCGCAGGAAGGCUGGCGCCACAGGCCGACCCUGUCGAAGGCGCAGACGCAGGUCUACGUGCACCUGAAGAGUCGAGCGGCGGCCCUGGCGGAGGACCCGCUGGCCAUGGUCGUGGCCCCCGCGAUCGACGAGCUGGCGGGCGGCUGCGGGUCAGCGUACGAGGGCGAGACGGGCGUGAAGGCCCUCCCCUGCCGGCUCUGCGAGCUGGCCCCUGGGCUGCCCGCGCGGGAGUGCGCUGCCACGCUCGACGCGAUCGACUUCGUUGACGACGAGGUUGGCGCCUGGCUGCGCCGCCCCGAGCUGGCGCUCCUCGACCAAUCCGACUGGCCCGACCCGCUGCCGCGGGCCCGCGUGAACGUGGAGACGGAUGCGGACUGGGAGGAGCUGGCGCUGCACCUCGUGUCGCUCGGCAUCUUCACCACGCUCGCGGAGAGCGAGCUGGUCCGCGCGAGGGGCGAGCCCGUGCUGAACGGCCUGUUCGCGGUGGAGAAGAAGGGCGCUCCAGCGCCUGGCGCCACGCGGGUCACCAGGCUCACCCUCGACAUGGUGCCAGGCAACUCGCUCCUGAAGGCCCACGUGGGCGAGGCGGCGCUGCUCGCGGCCUCGACGUCCUGGACGUCGGUCGUGAUCCCCUUGGGGAAGCUGCUGCUGUGGUCGGGCGACGACCAGAAGGGGGCCUUCUUCGUGUGGCGGGUCCCGCCCGCGUGGCACCCCUACAUGGCCGUGGGGCGGCCGCUCGCGGGCGAGCUGUUUGGUCGCUCGGAGCCCGUCGUCUACGUGACCUCGGCUGUCAUCGCCAUGGGCUGGUCGCUCGCGGUGCCCGUUUUCCAGCACAUCCACCGACGACUGUGCCGCCUGGCGCCGCCCCUCGGGGUGGGGCCCCCCUCAGACGGGGAGUGGCGCAAGGAUUGCGCGCGGCCCCUGGUCGAGGCAGGCAGCGGCCAGGACGCUGGCUGGUGGCAGGUUUACAUCGACGACUUCGAUGCGCCGGAGAUCGUCGAGGAGGUUCUGGCCCGCAAGCUCGCGGGGGCCCCGAGCGACCUCCAACUGCAGGUCCGCGCCAGCUACGAGAGGGCAAGCGUCUCCUUCUCGGCCGAGAAGGCGCACUGCAGGCAGCUGAGGGUCGAGCGCAUGGGCGCGGACGUCGACGGCGUCAGCGGGCGCCUCGCGGUCCCCGCUGCCAAGGCGCCGGCCACUGCGGGCCUCUGCUUGGCCGCGGUGCAGCGGCGCCUGGUCCCGUGGCGCGUUGCCAUGGCGGCCCUCGGCAAGCUCGUGAGGGCCUUCGAGUUCAGGCGGCCGCUUUUCGGGAUCCUGAACUCCGUCUGGAGGCUGGCUGCGUCCUCAGCGCAGGGGGCUUACCUGGACGCAGAGAUGGUGGAAGAGCUCCUCAUGGGCGUGAUGGUCCUGCCGCUGGCCGCCUCCUCGCUGCGGGCGCGCAUCGACGGCAUGGUCACGUCCUCGGACGCGUCGGAGAUGGGCGGCGGCGUGUGCACGUCAGCUGGCCUGCGCGAGGACGUCGCCGCCGCCUUGCAGGUGCCGAGGACGGUCCCCGACCAGCUGGGGAUAGGGGCCAGGCUCCUCAACAUGCCCGAGGACCCCGCCCGACCGUGGGCGGCAGCCAACCCACGCGUCCCCGCCAGGGCAGUCCGCAGGGUGCUGUCGGUGCUGCUCAUCGGCCUGUUCGACGGCAUCGGAGGCCUCGCCGUCGCCUUCUCGAGGCUGCCCGUCCGCAUCGCGGCCUUCGUCGCGGCCGAGACGGACGCCAAGGCGAGGCGCGUUGUCAGACUCCGCUGGAUAGGUGUCAUCGACUGGGGCGACGUCGCCCGUGUGGGCAGCGAGACGGUGCGGGAUUUGUUCGAGGCGUUCGGCGGCCUCGUCGACCUGGUGGUGGUCGCAGCGGGCAGCCCCUGCCAGGACCUGUCACGCCUCAACGUCGGCGGGCGCGGCCUCAGCGGCAGGAAGUCCUCGCUGUUCCACGAGGUGCCACGCAUCCUGGCUCUCCUCGCCGCCGUCUUCAAGGACAGGCUCGUUUGGUUCGUGGAGAACGUGGCCAGCAUGUCCGACGCCAACGUGGAGCUGAUCUCGGAGGCGCUGCAGGAGAGGCCGACGCUGGUGUGCUCGUCGGUGUUCGUGCCGUGUCGCAGGCCGCGCCUGUUCUGGACGAGCUGGGGCGUCACCGCAUCGGCGCCUCUUCGGCUGACCGACCGCGGGGUCUACGACGAGCUGGUGGGCCCUGGCGCCCCGCUCAUGGACCUCGCGUGGGAGGGCGAGGGCUGCUCUUGGCCAGGGAGACCAAGGUGCUUCCCCACGCUCGUCUGCUGCAGGCCUCAGCCCUCCUUCCCCUCUGCCCCGCGUGGCUUCGCGGCUGCGUCGGAGACGGCUCGUCAAAGGUGGGCUGCGGACGGGCACAGGUAUCAUGUGGCUUUGUACGAGGACAAAAACAUGAUCUGCACCUCCUCGUUCCCUUUCCUGCGCCUCCCCACCAGCGAGGAGAGGGGGCGGCUCCUUGGCUUUGAUGUGGGGCACACCUCCCUAGCCACCAAGGGCUCGAACCCUCAGGGCGCCUCCGACGCCAGGGCCUUCCUCCUCGGCAACAGCUUCAGUAUUCACGUCGUGGCAUGGUUGUGCCAGCAGCUCCUGCACCGCCGCGGCGCGCUGAACGGGGAGCUGUCGAUAGAGGAGGUGCCCCCCGUCCGCGUGUGCCGGGCGACGUGGGACCAGGCGGGGGCCUUCACGGAGCCAGGAGAGCCGGACACCGCGGAGGCGAGGCAGCUGGUCCUGCACUACCUCAGCCGCGCGGAGAAGGGCGGGUCGGACGUCAGGUUGGACUACGGCGUCCCCUACCGCCCGCGAGGUUGGCCGAGGACGAGCCUGGGCCCGUUCGUGUGGAAGUGGCGCGUGGUGGUCAGCAUGGCGUGGCCUGGCCGGAGCUCCACCCACAUAAACGUGAGAGAGUUGCAGGCGGCCGCGGCGGCGAUCAGGUGGCGCGCCCGCAAGGUCGCGCAGCACGGGGGCAGGUUCUUGCACCUCGUCGACAGCCAGGUGGUCGCGGCCAUCGUGACGAAGGGCCGCAGCAGCAGCAGGAAGCUACAGCCCAUCCUGAGGCGCUGGAUGGCCGUCGUCGUGGCGGCCGACAUGUACCCACUGAUCGGCUACGUGGUCUCAGAGGACAGCCCUGCGGACGAGCCGUCGAGGCCCGCUCCCGUGAGACGCCGCGGGACGCGCUGCCAGACUCUCUCUUCCCUGAGGGUGUCAGCGGAGACGCGGCGGCGCCACGGGCGGGCCCUGCGCGCGCUGCUGGCCCACUUUGGGGCCGAGCAGGCGGGGGCGGACGCCUUGCGCGGCGACCCCGAGGACGCAGACGCCCUCGUCGCGGAGUACCUCGAAGGCCUGUGGGCCUCUGGUGCGGGCAUCGCGGCCGCCAACAACACGCUGGCGGGGGUGUGCUUCGCGGUGCCUCGUCUGAGGCGACACCUCGACCUGAGCUGGACUCUCCUCAAGGCAUGGAGGCAUCAUGAGCCAGCGUCCAGGGUGCUGCCGCUCGCGACCGAGGCCGUCGCGGCCAUGGCAGGGUUCGCGUGCGCUGCAGGUGCUUUCGACGUGGCCGCCCCUCUUCUCGUCGGCUUCGAGGGCAUGCUCCGAGGCGCAGAGGUGUUUGCCCUGGCGGUGGGCGACAUCGUCGACCGCGGCGAGCUGUUCAUAGUCCGCACCAGCUCGUCCAAGACCACGGCGGGCAAGGACUGCGCGGAGGCGGUCGUCGUCCGCAGCAGGAUGGCCGUGGCGCUCCUGCGGACUGCGGUCCGCGGCCUUGGUGCAGGCGCGCGGCUCUCAUGGGGGACGCCGUCCCAGCUGCGUGAUGCCCUCCGCGCCUUGGCGAGGGGCCUGGGCCUGACGGGGCCCAUCACGUGGCACAGCCUGCGACGUGGCGGGGCGAGCGCCUUCUUCGUCAGGAGCGGCUCCAUGGAGGCGACCCUCGUGGCGGGUCGGUGGGCCUCCUCCGCCACCGCACGCCUGUGCAUCGAGGGCGCGGUGGCCGACUCAGUGCGCGCCCAGCCCGGGAGCGAGGCAGCCCUCGCCGUUGCGCGGGGACUGCGGCUCCUGCAGCUGGCCACUGUAAAAGGACCGGCAUAA